AUGUCCCAAGUUGACUUGCUGGAAGAAGUUCAUCAUCUGAGAUUUACGGUGGCAGAUCGGAGCCUCCGGAACGCCUGGGAAGCCUACCGGGUGUCCCCGAGGACGCGCCAGCUAGCCAGCGAGGCAAAUCGGGCCACUUACGCGGAAGCACUAUGGUUGGCCGAAACGGAGAGCUGCUCGCGGACGUUCUUCCCGGCCAGUUUGGCCACACUGGCCGUGGAGUGUUUGGUGGGGGCGUAUUCCGGGGGUCCCGUACCGGAUGGGCUUAGCUGCGAACAGAAGGAGUACUUUGGACACCUGCUGGAUGUUGAACUUCCUGUUUUGCAACUGCUUCAAGGCGAGAAUGAAACAUUCUGGAAACGGGUCGUCAAGGCGAAAACUAAAACUCUCGUGCAUUUUCUAAAGUUGGAAAAGGAAGAAGACAUCUACUGGAGACCUCGAGGAAUCGAGCUGAAGGUAGCGGAAGCAAUUGAACGGGAACGGCCCGAGUACUGGUUCGAAGGUGACCUCGAGGACAUCAUCAUCAGUUCGGCUCCGAUCGUUAAAAAUCUGGUGAUUUCGCAGCUUCUUCCGCUGCAGAAGGUUGAACCCGCAGAGGGCUAUGAAGAGUACAAAUUGUACGAUGUUCCGGCCGAAUUGUGCAGUCAUGGUUCUUUGAAGAUAUUGAGGCACUUGGAGAACUUGACAUCACUUUCGUUGAUUUUUGGGCUGGACGAGAUUCUCAAGGGUUACGAACGAAGAUUUUUUCAGUUUUCACUGGAGGAUGUGGAAAAUUUCGUAGAAGCUCUUGACAAGAUGAUACAACUGAAACACUUCAAAAUGGCUCGAAGUCACCUGACUACCGAUAAACUUAAAAUUUUGCUGAAUCACUUGGCGCAGCUAAAACUUGAAUCCUUGGAAUUUUCCUACUGUUAUCUCGGCGAAGGAUCUGGAAUUUUGCUAGGAAAAUUCAUCAGCAAAUGUCCAUCCACUUUGAAGGUUGUGAAUUUAGCGGGAAAUUUUUUGAACGCGAAAGAAAUUGAAGAUUUUGGUUAUGGAAUCAACGUGUUCCAGGGAGUACUUCAGCGCUUGGACAUUUCCCAUAACCUGAUUGGAGAGGCUGGCGUACUGAUGCUCGGAGGUGCGGUCAAGAAUACGGAGCAGCUCCGUGAGCUGAAUGUCACUGCUUGUGAGUUGGGCGAGGAGGGUGCCUUUAGGGUGGUCCAACUGCUCGGCUUUCACCGACCCUUGAGAGUGCUCCAGAUGAACUGUACCCCGCUGGGACGCGCCGGUGGCAAAAAGCUGAUUGAUGUGCUCAAGGCAAACUGGCACGUCGAGGUGGUGGACUGCAAAUUCUGUCAACUGAAGGAAAGUCACGUCAGGCGAAUUCAAAGUAUCCUUCGGCGCAACGGUAAAUUUGCUCGAGUCUUGUGAUUCAGGUCGCACCAAAC